GAGGCUGAGUGUUUGGAGUUUCCAGGUGUGUGUACAUCACCUACACGGUCACUAUAUAAACUCAGGCAGCCAGAGACCUGGCCAGAGAACACCUGUCACUGCACCUACCACCCCUGAAGGCAGGAGCAGCCAGCCUAGGGAGAGCCACAGAAGAGAGCAGUCGCUCCCCAGCCUGACGACACAUCACCUGCUCCAAGCCACUUGGUCUUCCCCCUCCUCCAUGGACUCAACCAGCGUGGGGGUGCUGUGCGCCCUGCUCCUGCUUUCGCUGUCGGCCGGCCAAGCCCAGGGGCGGUCAAGGGACCGCCGCAACCACCAUCAACACUGCUUCAGCCAGGAGCAGCUGCAGGCUGGAGAGCUGCCCACCCACUUUGUGAGCAGGACCAUGAAGUGGGACCGCUACGCCCCCGUGCAGCUGGUGCCACACCUGGAAAAGCUGCAGCAGGACAGAGGCCAGAGACGCAAGCGCCAAGUAGAUGGUUGCCCGGCUCUGCAGCUCCAGGCUACCGUCAGCAGCGAGCCCAACGAGCGCUCCCUCUCUCCCUGGAGAUACCGCAUCGACGAGGAUGAGAACCGCUACCCGCGGAAGCUGGCCUUCGCUGAGUGCCUGUGUACCGGCUGCAUCGACGCCAAGACGGGCCGGGAGACGGCCUCGCUCAACUCUGUGCCCAUGCGCCAGACCAUGAUGGUGCUUCGCCGCAAGCCGUGCCCGCACAGUGCCAGCCCUGGGACCUUUGCUUUCGAGAUAGACUACAUCAAGGUGCCAGUCGGCUGCACCUGUGUCCUCCCCAGGUCCAGCGGCUGAGCAAACGUGACAGGUGCUGGAGCAGCCGAGCUCCUGUGGAGCCAGCUGGUUUCCAGCAUGUUCAUCCCAGACCCGUAGUGUGACCAUGUCAUACAGACCAGUAUGUUUGUUUUAAAGCACUUACUAUUUAUUUCAAUUGUAGGCCCUAUGGAACCGGUUUCCUGUUCUUAGUGAGACCACCCCCAACCAGCUAGCUGUCCUGGGAUCUGGAUUCCAGCUUGCCGUCUGGUGAUCCAGAAAUCCAAACCGUCCGCUGCCCAGGUUGAGCUGCAGGUGCUUUGCACGCUGGAAAUGCAAUGAAAAGAGCUGUGAAUCCUCAUGCUUCAGGGCACCACCUGACUGCCAGCUAGAGGGGCCAGGAAGGAAUUUUCUCCUUGCUAGAGUUUUGCACAAUUAGGUGCAUCUCUUGGGAGGCGAGCGGGAAUGUAUUUCUUCCUCUGAAGCAACUGGCAUUAGCCACAGGCCGUUAGCCUGUUGGAGGGAUCAUUCUAAUGCCCUUGUGUUUAUUACAGACCUCAUGCCUGGCUGGCCCUGCCUCCUUCCCCAAGCUAGAUAGAGGGUGCAUGUGACGGGAGGAGGAGGGAUCAUAUGGAGCUAGGCGAGCACGCCUGCCUUGCUGAUUGCACACAUUGUGCCGGGCACUGCCUCCGGGUGCUGUCUAGCAGAGAGCAUGCCAGGGCUCUUCUUUGUGUGGCUACAUUUGUCUUUAAGAAAAAUCCCCAAAACAUAUGAAAUUCCAGCCAGAAAAACCUGACAGUAAAGGCUGCACAGUGAAGCAAUGGCAAAGCUGGGGUUGCCUCCAUAUCCUUAAUUCUGCCCUGCAGAAAGCAGUGCAUACUGACUAACAUUGUCCUUGCUGCUUUACUUUGCAGCCUUAAGAUGCUCUCUGGGCUGGGGACUCACAUAUACUUUACUAUCAAACCCAAACACGUUGACUGGCCAGCAAGCUGUGAAGUGGGGCCGUCAGUCUGUGCUCUGCGCAUUCCCAGCCCCUUGGGAGACCUGCAGUACCCUGCAGCCGUCCUUGAUGCUGCAAUGCAGGGAACCAUGGGCUAUUACAAGGCUGCAUCCAGCCCAGAUGGCCCCCAGCUGGGCCGAAAGGGGUCGGGGCCAGCCAGCCGUGAUGCUGAUUUGUUCUGUGUAUUUAUUGAUUAUUUAUUUAUUUCUAUUUGAUGGGAGAUGCUGUCCCCAGAAAGGAAGAUGCUGGCUCCCUUGUUACCAAGAAACAUUUUCUUUGGAAAAACACUGAGCCAGAUCCAACCCCUGGCCUGUCUCAUACUAGCCACAGCCUGAAGUCUUGCAUUGGAAAUCAGGCCUGCCAAAUGGGACACCAGUGAGGCGUUCUGGCCCUGCUGACGGGAGGCUGCUGGCUCUGGGCAGUGCUUAUAGUCCCUCAUGAGCUUCAAAAUACCCCUGAAGAGCAAUCCCUGAGGCUCAUGGCUUGUAAAGCGUGAAGCAAGUGGCCACACGUGUGCUCAGUGCCCACAGCAACAGGCCAGCCCAGCACCUAGCUGGACCCGAGACUACACACCAGCAGGGCCAUUUUCUUUGCAGCAGCUGCUGUGUUGUUGUUGUUGUUGUUUUUGAAAGUGGCUAGGGGAUGCUCUCUCCCCAGAGCCAG